AACACGUGUCUCAAAAAGCCCCGCGUGUCACAAUUCCCUUUCUCUAUAAAACUUCACCUCCGCCGCUCAUUUUAUUUAUUAAUUAAAAAUUAAACAAUAAAUCAUUCUGCAUCAUCUUCUCCGACAGCCAUGGCCGCCGCCGCCGAGCCGCGCUACCAGCACCGCGCCACCGCCGCCGACGGGUACAACUACAAGAGCCAGCCGUCGCCUUCCUCCGCCUUCCAAAUCCUCGCCGUCGUGACGCUCUUCCCCGUCGGCGCCGUCCUCCUCUUUCUGUCCGGCCUGACCCUCGCCGGAACCCUAAUUGGGCUGGCCCUAACCACCCCGCUCUUCAUCGUCUUCAGCCCGAUCCUUGUCCCCGCCGCCCUGGCCCUGGCGGCGGCGGUGGCCGGAAUCCUGACGUCCGGCGCGUUCGGAUUGAUGGCGCUGUCGUCGGUGUCGUGGCUGCUGAACUACUUGAGGCAGAUGCGGCGAAGCUUGCCGGAGCAGCUGGAGCAGGCCAGGUGGCGCGUGCAGGACGCGGCGGAGCACGUGGGCCAGAAGGCGCGUGAGGUUGUACAUGAAACGCAGGAUGUUAUCAGACCUUCAGCUUAAGCCGUCUGCUUCCAUAUUGUUAUUAUUAUUAUUAUUAUUAUUA